GUAAAUCUGUAGGGAGAAAUAUCGCGAGAUUUCAUCCCGUUGAGAAGCGUGUGUAAGUGAGUGAGUGAGGAGAAAAGGAGAGGAAAGAAGGAAAGAAGGAAGGAUCCACAGUCGGAGGACAGUCCGGUUCCUCUUCAGCGGGUUUUUCUGUCUUCUUCAGCCCAGCAGAGAUGUCUUCCUGCCGCCUUCUCUCGCUGCUGCUCCUCGCCUUCGUCCGGAGCUCCGUGUCCGCCGAGCAGCGGAGGCUCUCUCCAGGUAAGGCCGCUCAGCAGGCUCCUCUGCCCGGCCAGGCGGACCACCCUGACCCGCUGGUGCUGCUGUCCGCCCGGCUGUAGGUCUGUGAGAUAACCGCCGCUGAAUUCACCGAUAAUGAACUGUUUUAGGUUUUAGUCGAGAUCUGUUAGUCCGAGUCAGGUCAGGAUUAUAAUGACAGAAGUUUAAAUUAAGGUCCAAACAUCCAGAUUUAGUCCCGAACUUCCACUUUAGCUCCGGGGCUAACUAUCAGGAAUUUUACAGCCAUUGAUUUCCAUUAAUUCUCCAUAACUGUCCCUUUAAACCAGAGAAGAGUUUAUUAAACUGCAGAGAGGUGGAGGUCUGCGUUUAUCCACAGAUCCGACUUUAGUCUGUCACAUCAGCCGAUAUUAGGACAAAUCAACUGGAUUAAUACACAGAGAUACCGAUCUAUCCUCACCGAUAACAUAUCGAAGAUCGGGCCGAUCAGGAUGACGAACGAACUUUAUUGACUCUGAAGCAGGAAUCAGUCCGUGUGUGUGAAGGUGUUUUUACAGGUAAAUUCUGGAUUUCAAAGAUCUGAUCUGGAUCUUUAUGGUCUGGACCGUCACUGCUCAGAGUCCGAGUCUCUCUGGAGGAACUUUCCAGAACUUGGACUCAGACUCGGCCACAUCCAACUUUGGGAAAGUUCCUUUUCUACCUGAACUCGUUCAAAGUUCAUCGUUCAUCGUUCAUAAUUCCACAUUUUCAUGGUUCCCAAAAAAGAACUGAUUUAGUUCUUUUUUUUUUUGCUGUAAGUUUUUAUUUGUCCAGAUUUUUUAUGGCGCUCAUAUCGAACCACAGACGGAUUAUAUUAACUCUGAAACUCCGUCAGUUUAAUCUUCAUCUGCAGGUUUACAGCAGAGAGGUCAGCCCUCAGAUUACCGGUGUCUCCCUGAUGUUUAGUUCAGUCCUCACUAACGUUCAUCUCUAGAGUUUAUUUAUAUAUUUAUACGUUUAUUUUACUUUUCCAACAUCUGACACACCUGUGAACGGAGUUUAGAACGCCGCUCACAGACGCCAGAAUGAGCGUUCAACACCGACGCGUUCAUACGCAGAUAAAGAACGGCACGUUAAUGGAGUUCAUGAACAAUCGUUCAGACACCACACUGUCCACAUCUGUCCUCAGAGAUCAGAAUCUAACCCUUAAUUUCUUUGAGUGGGACUGAACCUGAGAGCACCACCAGCAGGCUGUCCAGCCCACUCAAGUCAACCUACCUGCAGAAGUUAAAAAGUUUUGAGAAUUUUUUUGAAAAUUUUUUUUGAAUUUUUUUAGUCUAAGAAGUUUUUCAAAUUUUUUUAUUUAAUUUUUUUAAGUUUUAAAGUUUUGAAAGUCUUUUUUAUUUUUUUAUUUUUAAAAGCUUGAAAGUUUUUAAAAGUUUUUAAAUCUUUUAUUUUAUUUUUUAAGUUUAAAAAAUUAAGUUCAGAAGUUUUGAAAUAUUUUUUUCAAUUUUUUUAAAGUUUAAAGGUUUUUAAACAUUUCUUUUGUAUUUUUUUAUUCUUUUUAAGUUUUUUAGGUUAAAAAGUUUUUUCAAAAUUUUUUAAAAAGUUAAAAAAGGCUUUUUUAUUUAUUUAUUUAUUUUUUUAAAGUUUAAAAGUAUUUAAAAAAAAAUAAUUUUAAAUGUUUUUAAAGGUGUUUUUUUAUUUCAUUUUACUGUCUUUUUAAGUCUAAAAGUGUCUGCCCCCCCCCCCCGCAGCUAUGACGUCAUCCUUGCGUCCGGUCCCGGGGAGCUCCUGUCCAAGUUCUCUCGUCUGGGUCACAGGGUGGUCUUCUUCGUUCAGACACCACACUGUCCACAUCUGUCCUCAGGUCCUAAACACACUCUAGUGGGAGGAUUAAACGAAGCCGGUCCAGUUCAAAAGUUCAGGUCUUUUGUCCCUCCAGUCCGGACCUCUAAGGUCUCACCAGGUCUCUCCAGGUCUUUUGAUGGAUAUUUCAGUUCUUCACAAACAGCCUUACUUUAAAAAAAUGAAGAAAAAAAUCUGAUUUUGGUUUUUAAUUUCAGGGGCGGGAGAAAAAAUCGAUUCACAGAAGUGUCGUGAUUUUUAGUUUUCCGUUUUCAAAUCGAUUUUAUUUUCAAAUGUAAGAAUAAAUCUAAAAAACUGACGUCGAUGUUUUUUUUAAGGAAAUAUGGUUCCUGGAAUAGUCAGUCAUUGAUCAUAAUCAUGUUUUAUUGGCGUUAAAAAUGCCAAAUAAAAAUCCAGAAAAUCGUCAAUAUCGUAGAAUCGUCAUUUAAAUCAGCGUUUCGUCCAGCCCGACUCGUCAUAAAGGCUCUUGAAUAUCCGAUGACCUGGUUCCCGGUCGUCCCCGUGUCGGACCCUGGGCCGGUCCGGUCUGAUGUGUGGUUCCUGUUUGACGGCUCUGGACGUCACUCUUCCGUUCACUGAUUGGUCGUUGGUGUGGUUCUCGUCUCUCAUUGGAGGUAAAGUUGUGUGUGGGCUGGGUCUGCUUUAACUGGUUAAACUGGUUUCAGACCACUGGAGAGAGGGGGCUCAGAGGAGGUCUGGGGGUUGAUGGUGCUGGUUCUGCUGGUGUUAGACUCGCUCAGGGUCAGGGGUCAGGUCAUCAGCUGGAGAGAGCGGGGCGAGACGACGGAGCGAGUGUUUGGAGUCGGAGUGGAGCUGAUUUACUGUGUGUGUGUGUGUGUUUGUACAGCUGUGUGUGUGUGUGUGUGUGUGUGUGUGUGUGUGUGUGUUUCCUGUUUCCUGUGAAGAUUAAAGUCUUUCUGAUGAAACCAGAGCAGAUUCAGUAAGACCCUCUCUGAUUGGCUGAGAGUGAAGCUAAUGUCUGAUGUAAGCAGCUGUUUCCUGAAAAACCCGGACCGACCUGGGACAAGGAACCCUCUGUCCCCAAAUACACCCCCUCCUCACCCCCUCACCUCUGAGAGACUCUGCUAACAGGGCCGGGGGAGAGAAAUUCCUCGAAAGUCUGGAGAGAGGGGGAGAGAGAGGGAGGGAGAGAGAGGGGGAGGGGGGAAGGUAGAGAGUGAGGGGGCGAGGGAGCGAGGAAGAGAGGAAUAGAGAGAGACGGAAUGGGAGAGAGGGGAAGAAAGAGAGAGGGAGGCAGGAUUUUUUGUAGGAAGGCAGGGGAAGGUCCCGCCCUCCUUUGCCUCUGAUUGGCUAGAAGUGCUGGGCUCUGAUUGGUUAUUCCUUACGGCUGUGAAACAUCAUCGUCGGUCCGGUUAGGAGGUUCAGAACUGCGAUAAUGUUCUGUUAUGCUCUUUUCGAUGUUCCGGGCCGACAGCCCGCGCUCAGCUUGAGCGUGUGAUGAUGUUUCACAGCCAAUCAGAGGCGAAAGAGGCGGGACCUUCCCCUACCUUCCUUCAAAAUAAAAUACCGUGAGGGGCAGGCGCUGUGGUCUUGUGUUCAGUAUUUCUUUGACUCUACAGGAACUUUUUCUAAAUAAAGAGUUCAGGGUGUGAGGGUUCAGGUUCAGUUAGUCUGGGUUAAGUUAGUCUGUGUUCAGGUUCAGUUAGUCUGGGUUCAGGUUUAGUCAGUCUGGGUUUAGUUAGUCUAGGUUCAGGUUUAAUAAGUCUGGGUUCAGGUUUAGUUAGUCUGGGUUCAGGUUCAGUUAGUCUGGGUUUAGUUAGUCUGGGUUCAGGUUUAGUCAGUCUGGGUUCAGGUUAGUCUAGUCUGGGUUCAGAUUAUUCUAGGUUCAGGUUUCGUUAGUCUGGGUUCAGAUUAGUCUGGGUUUAGGUUCAGAUUAGUCUAGAUUCAGGUUUAGUUAGUCUAGGUUCAGGUUUAGUUAGUCUGGGUUUAGUUAGUCUGGGUUCAGCUUUUGUUAGUCUAGGUUCAGGUUCAGUUAGUCUUGGUUCAGGUUUAGUUAGUCUGUGUUCAGAUUAGUCUGUGUUCAGGUUUAGUUAGUCUGUGUUCAGAUUAGUCUGUGUUCAGGUUUAGUUAGUCUAGGUUCAAGUUUAGUUAGUCUGGGUUUAGUUAGGUAGGUUCAGGUUUAGUUAGUCUGUGUUCAGGCUCAGUUAGUCUGGUUUUAGUAGGUCUGAGCUCAGGUUUAGUUAGUCUAGGUUCAGGUUUAGUUAGUCUGGGUUCAGGUUUAGUUAGUCUAGGUUCAGGUUUAGUUAGUCUGGGUUCAGGUUUAGUCAGUCUGUGUUCAGGUUUAGUUAGUCUGUGUUCAGGUUUAGUCAGUCUGGGUUCAGUUAGUCUGUGUCCAGGUUUAGUUAGUCCUGGUCUAGAGUUGGACCAGCUCAGACCUCCUCUGUGUGUCCUUAGAUGACCUUCUGGUGAUCACGGCGGCCACCGAGGAGACCGACGGAUUCAACCGCUUCAUGAGGACGGCCCGAGAGUUCAACUACACCGUGAAGGUAACAGACACUCACUUAACACACACACACACACAUGCACACAUACACGGGUCAUGUUGUCAUGGUGACGGCUGUGGUUCCAGGUCCUGGGUCUGGGUGAGGACUGGAAAGGUGGAGACGUGGCUCGGACGGUGGGUGGAGGUCAGAAGGUCAGAUGGUUGAAGAGGGAGCUGCUGAAACACUCGGAGAGGAAAGACCUGGUCAUCAUGUUUGUGGACAGGUAAGGACAGGUGUGUGUGUGUGUGUGUGUGUGUGUGUGUGUGUGUGUGUGUGUGUGUGUGUGUGUGUGUGAAAUCUGACCCACCUGUCCCACUUUCACACUCAUUCAGGAGAGCACAGGUGUGGUGCUGUGAUCCGGUUUCAUGUGUCUGUCCUGUAGAGGAGAACCACCUGAGCCCAUCAGGGACCAGGACUCACAGGACCAGUUUUCGGUUUUCAAUAGAGAUCAGAAUCUAACCCUUAAUUUCUCUGAGUGGGACUGAACCUGAGAGCGCCACCAGCAGGCUGUCCAGCCCACUCAAGUCAACCUACCUGCAGAAGUUUUUUUUAAUUUUCGUAGUUUUUUAAAUUUUUUUUAGUUAAAACGUUUUCAGAAUUUUUUGGAAAUUUUUUUUGAAUUUUUUGAAAGUCUAAAAAGUUUUUCAAUUUUUUUAAUUUUAUUUUUAAAAGUUUAAAAGUUUUGAAAGUCUUUUUUAUUUUUAAAAUCUUGAAAAUUUUAUUUUAUUUUUUAAGUUAAAAAAAUUAAGUUCAGAAGUUUUGAAAUCUUUUUUUUUUAAAUUUUUUUAAAGUUUAAAUGUUUUUAAACAUUUCUUUUGUAUUUUUUUAUUCUAAGUUUUUUAGGUUUAAAAGUUUUUUCAAAUUUUUUUAAAAAGUUAAAAAAGGCUUUUUUAUUUAUUUAUUUAUUUUUUAAAAGUUUAAAAGUAUUUAAAAAAUUUUUUUUUAAAAUGUUUAUAAAGGUGUUUUUUUAUUUCAUUUUACUGUCUUUUUAAGUCUAAAAGUGUCUGCCCCCCCCCCGCAGCUAUGACGUCAUCUUUGCGUCCGGUCCCGGGGAGCUCCUGUCCAAGUUCUCUCGUCUGGGUCACAGGGUGGUCUUCUCGGCUGAGGGGUUCUGCUGGCCCGACCAGAGACUGGCCUCCAAAUACCCCGAGGUCCACACCGGGAAACGCUUCCUCAACUCCGGAGGUGAGACCAAGUCUGAGGACCUGAUUCUGGACCCAAGUUGGUCUGUAUGCAGGUCUGGACUGGAACCAGGUUUUUCUGAGGGACGGCUCCAACUUUGUCCCGGUCUUUGUCCCGGUCUUUGUCCUGGUCUUUGUCCCGGUCUUUGUCCUGGUCUUCAUCGUGGUCAUGGCGGUCUGUGUGUUUGUGUUCAGGGUUUAUCGGAUUCGCCGCCGACCUCAGCACCAUCGUCCAACAGUGGAAGUACAAAGACAACGACGACGACCAGCUGUUCUACACCAAGAUCUACCUGGACAAGAAGCAGAGGGUACCAUGGAAACCAGUUUAACCAGUUUAACCAUCGAUGUACCAGGUUAACCAGUAUCAGAGUCUCCAUGGUAACCGUGUUCUUCUCCUCAGACUAAGUUCAACAUGACUCUGGAUCAUCGCUCCAGAAUCUUCCAGAACCUGAACGGCGCCAUCGGUGAGUCAGCGCACACACACACACACACACACACACACACACACACACACACACACACAAACACACACACACACUGAGUGUCUGUUCUGUCCGUCAGAUGAAGUCGUCCUGAAGUUCGAGAGGUCAAAGGUCAGAGCGAGGAAUGUGGCCUAUGACACUCUUCCUGUUGUUAUCCAUGGCAACGGACCAACCAAGGUAACGGACCAAUCACAGGCCUCCAUCAGCAGCAUGUGAGGACAGGAUCUGAAUGUGUGUGUGUGUCUCUGCAGCUGCAGCUGAACUACCUGGGGAACUACGUCCCCACGGCGUGGACCUACGAGGGGGGCUGUGGGAUCUGUGACCAAGACCUGCUCUUCUUUAACGAGGUCAUCAUCAUACACACCUUCACCUGAAGGGUCACCACAGGGUCACACAGAUCCAGGAUCAGCAGAACCCAGACCCGGACCCGAUAUUUUGUCAUAAUUUUCAUUGAUGAAAGAAACACCAGACCUGACUUUGUUCUGUGUGUGUGUGUGCGCGUGUGUGUGUGUGUGUGUGUGUGUGUGCGUGUUCAGGACGAGGAGAUGCCUCUGGUCUACAUCGGCGUCUUUAUCGAACACGCCACCCCCUUCAUGGAGGAGUUCCUGGACCGCCUGACGACCCUGAACUACCCCCUGACCAGGAUCCGCCUCUUCAUCCACAACAACGUAGGUCCCCGUCAGAACACAGACCCCGCCCCCUCCUCACGUGUCCCGCUCUCAUGUCCGUGUCUCCGUGUUCUCCUCAGGUGGUCUACCACGAGCGUCACCUCCACAAGUUCUGGGAGCGUCACAGAUCUCUGUUCCCCGACGCCGUCCUGGUGGGACCGGAGGAGAACCUGACCGACAACAAGGCCCGGACCAUGGCUGUGUGAGUGUCCCAGAACCAGAACCAUUUCAGAGUCCUGACCUCUGACCUCUGAUAUGUGUGUGUGUGUGUGUGCGCAGAGAGGCGUGUAAGAAGGACCCGGACUGUGAUUAUUACUUCAGCAUCGACUCAGACGUGGCGUUGACCAACCCGGAGACCCUGAGGAUCCUGAUCGAGGAAAACAAGUAUGAAGGACCAAAAGAGGACUCCCCAGUCCCCCCCAGUAACAUGACUGCCCCCCCCCCCGUCCCCACCUCCUGACCUUCUGACCUUCUGUCUGUCCUCCAGGUCGGUCAUCGCUCCGAUGUUGUCCAAACACGGGAAACUGUGGAGUAACUUCUGGGGCGCUCUGAGUCCUGAGGGGUUCUACUCCAGGUCCGAGGACUACAUCGAGAUCGUCCAGGGCAAGAGGAUGUGAGUGCACACACACACACACACACACACACACACACACACACACACACACACACACACACUGACCCAAAUGAGACCAGCUGAGGUGUGAAUUCAAACCGCUGCUGAACAGACUGGACUUCAGGGUUUAUUAGAGGUCAAACACGCCCACGCCUCCACCCUCUUAUCCAAAUAUGGUCACUUCUGGACACAACUAACCCCCAAUCUCCACCUUCAUCCUGAUCGUCUCCUAAAAGGUCGUAUCCUCCGAUCGUAGCUGAUCGUAACCAUUCAAGUUAACGUGUCAAUUUACACCGACUUCUUUCCGUUCCUCUGAGGAUCGCCGGACUCCUCAGCUGAUCACAAGAGUUCGACAUUCCACAUUUCAACUGUUGUCUGAAUGUGGUUUGGGAUCAUCUGAAGGUCUUCCCUGAAAAAGUCUUUGUCUGGAUGGACGCAGAUGUUCCUCCUAAACCUGGAGAUGUUGUCUAAAACUGAGGAUGCAGCAUCUAUGAUUUCCAACUCUUCGUUGAAAGGACAGUCCUUUUCAAGAAGGAACUGUCCUUUCCAAAAGAGUGUUACCCCCAAUUUCCACCCCAUCCUGAACGUCUACGGUCGUAUUCUUCCUUCUUGUGAGUUGACCCGAUUACUGUUGUCCAUGAUCCGCCACGAAAUUCGCUUCACCAACGAAUCCAAUAGGAAUUGGCGGAAGGCGAAAAUCGCUGCCAUUCCAGACCAGAGCCGUUCCGGAUGCGGUGGGAAUUGGCGGUAACACUCUUUUUAGGCGAAACGUCCCAAGUAAGUCCAGGUGUCCUGUCAACGAAGAACUGUAAAAAAUUAGCCUCACAAAUGUAGGAAUUGGCGGACGGCGAGAAAUUGCUGCUGUUCCAAAUCUGAGCCGUUCCAGAUGCGGUGGAAAUUGGGGGUAACUGUCCUGGACUAGCUCUCUGUGUGUCUGUAAAGGUCUGGACCCGUUUAGUUCCUGAAAAACCAUUGUCAGCUGUUCAGUUAAAGAGUUCCCCCUGGUGAUCUGUGUGUGUGUGUGUGUGUGUGUGUGUGUGUGUGUGUGUGUGUGUGUGUGUGUGUGUGUGUGUGCGUGUGUGUGCGUGCGUGUAGCGGUCUCUGGAAUGUCCCCUACAUCUCUCAGGCGUACCUGGUCAAAGGUAGCGUCCUGAGGUCGAAGCUGUCUCAGGUGAGCCUGUUCGAGGCCGAGGGGAUGGACCCGGACAUGGUCUUCUGCAGGGGCGUCAGAGACCAGGUAGGUCAGAGGUCACAGCUGGACUCAUACUAAAGUAAGGGGGUCUGUCUGAAACCUGAUCCACGUGUGUGUCCUCAGGGGGUCUUCAUGUUCGUGUCCAACCGUGACGAGUUUGGUCGCCUGGUGGCGUCGGCCAACUACAACACGUCCAGACUUCACCCGGACAUGUGGCAGAUCUUUGACAACCCUGUGGUCAGGUUUAUGAACCAAUGAAUGAACAUGAAGACAUGAGGGGGCGGAGCUUGAGGGGCUGAAGGUCUGUCUGUGUGUGUUUGCAGGACUGGAAGGAGAAGUACAUCCAUGAGAACUACUCCAAGAUCUUUGAGGACCAGAAGAUGGUGGUGGAGCAGGUAACUUCCAAACAUGGACCUGGUCUGAUGAUGAUGAAGGUCGUCUUCUGUGCAGCUCCGCCCUCACCCUCCUCCUCCUCUUCUUCUCUCUCUCUCUUCUUCAGCCCUGUCCAGACGUCUACUGGUUUCCCGCCUUCUCCGAGAAGAUGUGUGAUCACAUGGUGGAGACCAUGGAGGACUUUGGCGAGUGGUCAGGAGGAUCUCACAAGGUGACCGCUCUGUCUGUCUGUGUGUCUGUGGACAGAGGACGUCUCUGAUCGAGGUUUUCUGGACUUGAGUUCCCCAGUCCUGGUCCAUGAGACCGAUAAACUGUUUUUAAUCUGUGAUCCAAAACAGGACAAAGGUCCAGGUCCGACAUUCUUGAAAAAUCACCAAGAAUCUGAGAGACAACUUUUUCCUGACUUCACCUCCAACUUUACAGACUUAACAAAAUUUACAAAAAUUACUCGGAAAUUUACGAACUUUACAAACUUUACUCGGAAUUUUACGAACUUUACAAACUUUACUCGGAAUUUUACGAACUUUACAAACUUUACUCAGAACUUUACAAACUCCCACGGUCAGUUAUCAGGUCACAGACAAACUGAUAGUUUUUCUUAUUGAUGGGAAAUGUGAGUUUAUAGCUUGGCAACAGUGGAGGAGGCGUCUUUAGUGACGGGUCCAGGACCGUUGGGUUCUGGAUUAUCAGGCUCAGAACUGGUUGGAAUAUCUGGUCCUGAAUCUGAAGUGAGAAGAACCGCGCAGGUCUGUGGUCGGUCCGUUGGUCCUGAUACCUGUGUGGUGGGAUCAGGUGAAGAGACAGACCUGUACCUGUACCUGGACUCUUUCUGGGUCUGGAUCCCUAAAGUCUCGGUUCUGUGUUUGUUCUGUUCAGGACGAGCGUCUGUCCGGCGGGUACGAGAACGUCCCCACUGUGGACAUCCACAUGAACCAGAUCAGCUUCGAGAAGGAGUGGCUCAAGUUCCUCAAAGAGUACAUCGUCCCCGUGACCGAGAAACUCUAUCCUGGAUAUUAUCCCAAGGUACGGUCCAGGUUCUGACCCGAUCCGGGUCCUCCAGGGUCAGGACUCGGGACCCACAGGAGUCUGAGGUUCACUCUGUCCCACCCACUCAGAGACCUGAUUCAGUUUGACAACAGACGCAGAGGGUAACCAUGGUAACUGAAGUCACUCCUGUGUGUGUGUGUGUGUGUGUGUGUGUGUGUGUGUGUGUGUGUGUGUGUGUGUGUGUGUGUGUCUGUGUGUGUGUGUGUGUGUGUCCUCAGGCUCAGGCCAUCAUGAACUUCGUGGUCCGGUAUCGUCCUGACGAGCAGCCGUCUCUGAGGCCGCAUCACGACUCCUCCACCUUCACCAUCAACAUCGCCCUGAACAACAAGGGCGUCGACUACGAGGUACGCACACACGCACACGCACACACACACACACACACACACACACACACACACACUCACACACAAACAAAGUAGGAGAACCUAAAACACUUAGACGUGUCAGAACAAAUGUUUACGUGUGUGUGUGUGUGUGUGUGUGUGUGUCUGUGUGUGUGUGUGUGUGUGUGUGUGUGUGUGUGUGUGUGUGUGUGUGUGUGUGUGUGUGUAUCAGGGUGGAGGCUGCAGGUUCCUGCGGUACGACUGUAAGGUGGAGUCUCCCAGGAAAGGCUGGUCCUUCAUGCACCCGGGCCGCCUGACGCACUACCACGAGGGUCUUCCCACCACCAGGGGGACCCGCUACAUCAUGGUGUCCUUCGUAGACCCCUAGACCUGUCCCUCUGUGCACGUGUGUGUGUGUCUGUGUGUGUGUCUGUGUCUGUGUGUGUGAGAUAGAGAGAGACCAAAGUGGACCUCAUCCUCAGAGAGCGAGACGGACGGCGCAGGAAUCUCCGCGGCGUCCCCGAACGCAUCGUCUCUGAACACGAACUCUGAGUUUGUCUUCUCCUCUCUGAUUGGAUGAUUCAGAUUACCUGCUGUCACACCUGGAAUCACCUUCACCUGUGGGUCAGUCGGGUUAAGGAGACCUGUACUGCCCCCUGGUGGACGCUUUCAAAAUAAGAGGUGGACCCUUUCAGAAUAAGAGUCACUGUAUGUUGUAACUUUAUGGAACCGUGCUGCCUUACCUGAUAACGAAGCCUAUGCAAGCAGAACACACUCCACCUGUGUGUGUGUGUGUGUGUGUGUGUGUGUGUGUGUGUGUGUGUGUGUCACACUCCAAAGUCACUGUAACGUUGGAAUCGGCGCAGAAACCCUCUCGACGUGGAGGACACGGCGUGCUCUUGGAGGAGAGGUUCUGCGGCGGUUUCCGGGUUCAAAGCUGAGGGCGUUUUUGUCAUGAUGGUGUUUUUUUGUUUUUAUUGUUUUUUUACGAUCCUGUAUUUGUGUAUUUCCUGACAGCGUUCACAGUUUCCAUGUCUCCUUAUUUAAAGAAAACCUGUGAUUGUAGACGGCGACCGUUGGAGGUUUCCACCCGACGCCGCCUGUAGUUUCGUCUCCACGCGUGCCUGUCGAUACGAGGACUCGACGCUCUCUCUGGCUUUGUAAAAAAACUGCAUUAAAUUAUUUUUUAAUGACUGAGUCGAUAAUAAAGUUUGAGAUUUAAUAAAGAAGUUUACCGUCAGAG